AUGGGUGUUACAAGUACGGGUUUGCAGUUCGGGCGUAGGACACCUGCUACGGGCAUGUCCUCGGGCUCAGCACCGGCGAUGGGGCGCGGAGCUGCGGCCAGUGAUUCCCCAAUACCUAAUUCAGGGGCUUCAGUUGCAGACAUCGAUUCUCUGGGGAAGGUGAUUGGAGAUAGUAAUAAACUUCAGGAAUUAAAGCUCACCCCAGAGGAAGUAAAGGCGGAGAGUUCUAAAGGGAAAGGCAAGAUUAUAGAAGAAGAAGCACCGAGAGCAGAUAUAGCAAUUACCAACGCCAUAUGUCCAGCCCAGAUCCAAGUAACAGAAUCACAGUCACUUCUUAACAAGGAAUUGGAAAUUAUGGAAGUAGAAAUAGCUGCAGAGUAUCUCAACCAGGAGAAAUCAGCAGACCAGAAAGACAACACCACCUUGCCACAAAAAAGAACCAGUAUCAGUACAUGGAAGAGGGCAGAUAUAGAAGGAAGAAAUGUAAGGAAACCCACUGGACAAGAUCUAGUUGUCAAAGAUAAGAAGUGGAAGAGAAACAUUGAGGAAGUGUGGAUGCAAGAGUUAUUUGAAGAUGGAGGAUAUCGGUGGGAUGCUCAGAAGGUGACAGAAUGUUCCAAGAAGAAGACAGCUCAACUAUAUUAA